UUUGCCGCAGUCAUCAUGAAGUCGACUUCUGCCGCCAUUUUCCUCGUGGGUCUCGUCGCCUUCACAGCAAAUGCAUACGCGUUUCCUGAGGAAGUGGCCCGCCUUGAUACAACAUUCGACAGUGCCGCUCAAGAUGCUGUUUAUCUGGGUGAGGUCCUUUGUGACGUGGCACAGACACUAGCUGGGGACGAAGAACUUGGUGCUGAGAGCGACGAGUACUUUUUCCGUGCUCUCUGGAAUAAAACCAAACAAGCUGUGAAGGACGCCACGCAGAAGUUGAAGGUGUCCGUGAAGGGGGCAUACAAGGAGGCGAAGGACAACAUAAGGAAAGCCGCUAAGGAAGCCCGGCAGAAGCUUAAGGACAAGGCAACCGUGAUCAUGUCUAAGUUGUUGACCAAAGUUAUGAGUGGCUAUGCCCUGGAUGAUUCCGAGAGUCAUGUAAACUUCAUCAAGAUGUUCGUCAAUGUCAUCCAGCGAGCAGCACAGCGUUUUAUGAAGAUGGGCAAGGUUCUGGGGCAGCUCGAGAACUGAUUUAAAAUAAAAAAGUGAAGGAACAUGCCAAAUGA